GUAGUAGUCGAGCAGCGUCCGUUCGUCCGCCGGGUUCCGCGUUAUCUUUAGUGAAAGUACAAAUUAGAAAAGUGUUUUAGUAAACUGUAAACUUUUUGUUGAAAAUAAAAUAUAGUAACUAAGUUACGGAAAAAUGGAUUGAAGUUACAAAAUCAUCCUACCCGGACAAUUAAAAUUCGGGUUUGUAAUAGAUCCUUCUACUUCGCGCGGAUCAUUUUCAGGAUUUUCGUAUUUCCCUCGUUAGUGAUCUCGAAGCUUUCUAGAGUCACCUUGACCGAUCAACAGGUAUUAUACGGUGUUAGUCACGAUGGUGGAUAAGCUGCACGAGUACGAGGGAUUUGCUGGUCGAAUUCACAGUGCUAGAAAUAAAGUUGGCGAAAAAUGGAACGUAUGGAAAGAAUGGAAACAGAGCAUCCCGAUGGAUCAGGGAGUAGAAGGGGUUUUAAACCACCUUCGCGGGCCCCCAAAGCUCGAGAAAACUCUCGAUGAUUAUUCGCAUAUAUACAGGAAAAAAACUAGGGGAGAAUUGGUUCGCAUAUCAGCUGCGGUGAUGGGAAUAGAAUUUUCGUACGCUGCUGAAACAGCGUUUGUAUCCCCAACUCUUUUGAAAAUUGGUGUCGACCAUCAGCAUAUGACUUUAGUCUGGGCUUUAAGUCCUCUGGUUGGUUUUUUCGUCACCCCGAUUCUCGGAAGCGUCAGUGAUCGGUGCAGAAUACGACAAGGAAGAAGAAGGCCGUUCAUUCUCCUCUUGGCCAUCGGUGUUUUUAUUGGACUCAUUUUAGUCCCCAAUGGUGAAAACAUGGGAUAUGCUUUCGGAGACACGCCAUCGGUCACCAACUUCAGUCUUCCCGUCGGUCAUCGAACUUCCGGUACCUCAUCUUUGGAGAAUAUUCAACCAAGUCCACCAUCUUCACAUUCCUGGGGGAUAUUUUUUACGAUACUCGGAACGGUUUUACUCGAUUUUGAUGCCGAUGCUUGUCAGAGUCCCGCCAGAGCGUACCUUCUCGAUGUCACAGUGCCAGAGGACCACGCACGAGGAUUGAGUACGUUUACGAUAAUGGCUGGCUUAGGCGGUUUCAUGGGAUAUGGACUUGGAGGAAUAAAUUGGGAUGCUACAACCCUUGGUGUGAUGCUCGGUGGCCAUCUUCACGCAACUUUUACUUUCAUAACAAUAAUAUUCGUCAUUUGCGUCUUCUGUACUAUAACAAGCUUCAAGGAAAUACCUUUAGAACUUUUGGAACGCGACCAGUACCAACAAUUUCACGAUCACAAGAUGUCGGAGAGCAAGAAAACGGGCGAAUCUGACAAAAUUGCGUCCGAUGAAUGCACCUCAUACGGAACCCUUCCCACAGAAGAAGAUGGGAAUGCUGGUCCCACAGAGGAGUUUAUUCUUAAGCCACUUCAGACGCAAGAGGCUCCUAAAAGACCGGGUGCAGUUCCGAUGAUUCCGGAAGUCGCUCCAGAAGCUUUGACAAUUGAAGCUAGCUACGAAAAUUACGGAUUUGAAGACGGUACGGAGAUGAAUCCUCGAACAACGCUCCAAGAAUACCUGUUAUCGAUUCUAUACAUGCCUCAUAGCAUGAGAAUGCUUUGUUUAACAAAUCUUUUCUGCUGGAUGGCCCACGUUUGCUAUUCUUUAUAUUUUACGGAUUUUGUCGGCGAAGCAGUUUACGGAGGUGAUCCAAAGGCUGCUGACGGAUCGAACGAACGGCAACUCUAUGAAUCUGGUGUACGAUUUGGCUGUUGGGGAAUGUCCAUGUACUCUCUUUCAUGCGCUUGCUACUCCCUAGUAAUUGAAAAACUUAUCCAAAGAUUCAAGGCUCGAAAAGUCUAUACGUGCGGGCUUCUCUUUUAUAGUACAGGUAUGAUGUUGAUGGCCAUUACGAAGCAUCCGGUAGGUGUAAUAAUUUUUUCAUGGACAGCGGGCGUCAUGUACUCGACACUUUUCACGAUGCCAUAUCUGCUAAUCGCCCAUUAUCAUGCAUCUUCAACGUUCGAAGUUAGUGCUGACGGGCUGGCUGUCCAGAGCGGUGGUGUUCGUGGUCUUGGAACGGACGUUGCGAUAGUUUCUUCAAUGGUAUUUCUAGCCCAGUUUAUUCUUUCAUGUGGUUUAGGUACAAUAGUAAGUUUAUCUGGUACAACAACGGCUGUAGUAUGUGUGGCGAGUUUGUUGGCUAUGUGCGGGGCGGUUGCAGCAACUCAAAUUAUGUACUUAGAUCUCUAAGACGGGGAUGAGAUGCCACCGAAGGCGUGUACACUGAAUUAUUUCUUAGCCCGGAUAAGGGAUACCCCGAUGGCGUACCCUGCGAUUUGGGAAUAAUUGUAUAACAAUGCCCGUUUUGAUUGCAGGAAAUUUCGGGGUAGAAUUUGUUGUUGCUUCGCGCAAUUGUGUCAUUGUUGAUUAAUUUUAUGAAUUGGAACAGAUGAGAGAGAAGAGAAAUAAAUAAUUAGAUAUCAGGAGAAGCUUGGUUUUUCAAUUCAAUUGUUAUAGCUGUUUUGUCAUUAAAGUAUAUUUUUCAAACGACCGCGCUUCGAUCAAGUGCAGAUGAUAUACAUGAGCUGGCAAUGUUGAACACACAUAUGUACGAGAAAGAAAAAAUAAUCAUUUAAUUAAUAAUAAUGUCAACUAUCCAAGCAUGCACAAAUAGCCGAUAGAUGAUAAAUAAAGUGUUUCAAUAUAAUCAUUAUUUAUGAAGUAUUAACGAGUGACUAUCGUAAUCGUGUUUAUUUAUUCAAGAUAUUGUAGCUCUCGCCGCAUUGUAUAUACGGAUACAACAUAUAUGUGAAAAUAGACCUCAACGUGUAAAUAAUAUAAUAGCGAAUCAAGCAGAAUGAUUAAUAAAGUUUAAAAUCGC